UUGUCAUCUUCCCCGCCAAACUGUUUAAGCCGCCGCCAAAUUUGAUUCGAAUAUGGAGAAGUACCUAAAACGGUGUCGUAGCGCUUCAUCUUCCUCUUCUAAUGUAACAACCGGAUUUGAAAUAGUGGAAAUCAAACCUAGAGGAGAGGUGAAAUUGAACUUAGAUGAAAUCGUUAGUGAUCCUGGAUUGAGGAAGCCUGUUGAUGAAUUUGAUGUGAAUGUUCGGGAUGAAGUUCGGAGAGAGUACAUGGCCCGGGGGCCGUGCCAAUUAGUCGGUUACACGUACCCGAGGAGCACGUUCGGCAUCCACGAUAGGAGUUUUCAGGAGGUCUGGUAUCGAAAGUUUCCGUGGCUAGAGUAUAGCGAGUCGAAAGACGCGGCGUUUUGUUUCUGGUGUUAUCUUUUCAAGCAGUCGGAGAAGGGGGGCCGGUACGCAGUGGAUGCUUUCACGAAAACGGGGUUUUGUAACUGGAAACGAGCGCUGGAGAAGUUCAGCGCGCAUGUUGGGGCGGUGAAUAGUUGUCACAAUAACGCUAGGAUUCAGUUUGAGGCUUUCCAGGAUCAGAUUCAUAGUACGAAUAUGUUGGAGUCGUUUAGCCGGGAGAUGAAUGCUAUUUGUCGUGCACGUUUGACUACGUUGUUGGAUGUGACUCGUUUUAUUUUGAAGCAAGGAUGGCCUUUUUAUGGAGUUGAGGAGUUUGAUUUUUCGAUGAAUAGAGGUAAUUUCGUUGAGUUGCUUGAUUUUUUCAUUCAGAAUAAUCCCGGUAUCACUAAAGUGUUGGAUCUUAGUGCUCCGGAGAAUAGCCAAAUGAUGACCCUCGAAACUCAGAAACAAUUCGUGCAUGCUUGUGCUUCAGAGAUCACACUUGCCAUAGUCGGUGAUAUUGGAGACAAGGUUUUUACUCUCUUGGUUGACGGGUUUUGGGAUAUUAUUAUCGAUGAGCACAUUGGGAUUUUUGUAAGAUAUGUGAACGAUGAAGGAUGUGUGAUUGAGCGACUUCUUGAAAUUAUGCAACCACCCUAUUGUAAAUCCGAUUUCUUAAAAGGUGUUAUUGAUGCUUUAUUUGCAAAGCAUGGUUUAUCAUUCUCGAAACUGAGAGGUCUAGGAUUUAACGGGGGUUCAGGCUUUCGGCGUGAGUUUAGCAAGUUGAAAUCCGUAAUAUUGCAAGAAAAUCCAUACGCGAUGUAUAGUCAUUGCUUUUCUUGCCAACUCCAGUUGAUUAUUUUCGCUCUUGGCAAGGAACAACGUUUGAUCGUUUGCCAGGUUUUCGACGCGAUCUCCAUGAUAGUGAAUACAAUCGGAGCUGUGGUUAAAAUGCCAGAUGAACUGAAGCAGGCGGAGCACGAGAGGCUAGUUAAGGAAUUAGAUGGUGAAGAAGCGGAUGGUGAAGAUCAAGAUACUCGCUGGGGUUCGUACUAUCUGACAUUGCUCCGUCUCUGUUCUUCGUGGCCUUCAAUCGAACAAGUGUUGAUCAAUGUAUCUGAUCAUUCAACUUGUUCGGAUACUAGGUUGAAUGCUUAUCAUAUGAUUGAAAAGAUAGAUAAUCACGAAUUUGUUUUUCUGUUGCACUUGAUGAGAGAUUUACUCGGAAUCACACACGAGCUGUCGCUCGUCUUACAAGAAAAGGAGAAAAAUAUCAUUCAAGCCUUGUCGUUGAUAAGCAGCGUGAAAUAUCAGUUACAACGCUACAGGGAAGACAAUUGGGAAAUAAUUUUGGACCAAGUGAAUAAAUUCUGUGAAUUGAAUCAGGUUCCGUUGAUCGACAUGGAUGGCGAUACAUCACGGCCUGGUAAAAGGCAAUUCGAACCAGUCGUCUCCAAUCACCAUCACUAUCAUGUCCGCGUCUUCUGUCAGAUUGUUGAUUCGGUUAUCCAAGAGAUAAAUGAGCUUUUCUCGGAUGAUCGCAUUGAAGUACUUCGCUGCAUAGCAUGUCUUGAUCCGAGGAAUUCGUUUUCCCAAUUCAACGUCGAUCAACUCAUGCACUUUGCUUCUCUGUACAAAGAGGACUUCUCCGCGGACGACUAUUUAUUCCUUCCUCAGCAGCUGAGCAAUUUCGUCGCUAACAUGAGGCACGAUUCUGAAUUCUCCGAAAUCAGCAGCUUGGCACGCCUCGCCAUGAAGAUGGUUGAAACGGGUAAAAGUUCUGUUUUCCCAUUGGUGUAUCGUUUGAUUGAGUUGGCGUUGGUUUUGCCAAUCGCCACCGCGUCUGUUGAGAGAGCCUUUUCUGCUAUGAAGACCAUCAGGACUCACGAGGUUGACGAGCGGGGAGAGGAAUGGAGGAACGCUACUUUGAUUGCUCACAUCGAGCACGAUGUUCUAUCGACAGUCGAGAACGAGCAGAUCCUGCGGCAUAUUCAGUUAGGCUAGAAUCACCAGGACUCAAAUUUUUUUGUCGAUGUGAACGCAUUAAUAGUUUGAACAUUUGUUAGCAUAGUGAUUGAAAGGAGAAAAUCAUUGCUGUGUGUGUAUAUGGUUGAUUAGUACUCUCAUAUUAUAUCAUGUUAGUUAUUGGCAUUUUGAA